AUGAAUUUAAAUCAUAUAUUUCUUUUAACAUUUUUAUCAAUCAUCUUCUUUACAUCACUUCCCAUAAAUUCACAAUCUAAUGUUAUAACAUAUCAUGAGACACCAACUGGAAAUGGUAAUCCACCUCGCGUAACUACGAUUGAUAAACUUGAUGAUGGCUCGUUAAUUCUUCGUAUAAUUCGUAGAAAUUCAUCAGCUUCAUCUGAAGGAAAGAUUUGCGUAGAUAAAUACUUGUCACUUCGUACGAUUUCAUCUGAUGGACAAGUUACGGAAAUUGACAUGACGUUGGAUAUACAAGAUUUUAACUUUUGUUACUUGCAAAUAAACGGAGUCGCGAAGACUCCUAUUAAAAUUUAUCCUGUUACAAGUAAACUCUUGUUGAUAACUUACACGGAAGCUGAAGAUCUACAUAAUGUUUUUACUUAUAAUGAAUGGGUGAUGCUUGUUGGUUUAGAUCGAACCAUUUAUGGUAAAGCUUUACUGGGACCUGCUUUUGUUGACCCUGCUACAAACUCAUGGUGGCCAAAUCAAGCUUCAAUUACCAUAAAUGUUGAUCAUAAUAAGGGUUUCCUCCGUGUAGGAACCGCGACAAAUACCUCUAAUAUUAUCUGUCAGCAAUUCAUAAUAACUGAAAAUAAGGAAAUUCAAAAGCUUGCAGAAGAUGAUAUAAGUUUUGAUAACAUGUCGCAUCAAGUUAAAGCCAUCGCGACCAUUGACGGAGGAUACGCGGUUGUUUUUGCCAAUUCAACGGAUAUCUAUCAGGAGGAUCCUUUUCUUCCUCAGGGAGCGAUUUAUGCCCUAUUCCUAACAUAUGGUCAACCGACUAAUCGAAAACCAGCUAUUCUCUUUCAAACUCAAAUUCCCGGAGUAAGGUUUACAUCGCUUGAUUGUGAUAUUGCCUACUUGGGAAUGGGACAAACUUGUGUGUUGACCGUAAAAAAUAAUCUCAAUACGACGUCUUAUGUUAAAGUUGAGUUUCUUACAUCAGGAACCUCAUAUAAUGGUAAAUCAUUAAAUGGACCCAUUCCAACGAUUCCAGGAAUUGAUGAAUAUUAUGUUAGAUCUUUACGAUACGGGGGUUUUUUAUUAACUGGAUUAAAAAAAAAUGAAGACAAUGAUGCAAUUAUGUAUGGUUAUAUAAUUAAUAACGGUGAAGUUUAUUCCUGGAACCUUCAAAAUCCUACCAUUACAAACGUAUUUGGUUCUUCUAAAGUUUUACCAAAUAAUACUCUUGUGCUUGCUCAAAAGGAGCAAGACCAAAGUUGGACUUUGAUCACGACCGAUUUGUAUCAAUUUGCUGGGGAAAAAGAUCAUGGAUAUACCAAUUUCCAUAUAAACACCACGUCACCGGCGAUUAAUGAAACGAUCUCAGUUGAGACGGAUUCACUUACAAUCAAAUAUUUUGAUCAAAUAGAUUUAUCAAUUGGAAACAUUACUAUUUUUCAAAUCGAUGAUUCUGGUCGUGAAAUUAUACGUCAAUUCACAUCUGGAUUCAACGAACGUGUAAGCCUUGAUGCAGAUGGAAUUACAGUUUAUGUCAAAAUAAUUAAAAGCACAUUCAAUCAUCCUACGGGAAAAUAUUUUGUUACAAUUGAUAAUAACUUUGUAAAGAGUCGAACAUACCAAGAACCUCUAUAUGGUAUACGUGAUCGCGUUUGGUCAUUUACAACACUACCGAACGAAGAAAAGAAUUCAGUUAAAGCUACAGGAAUGGUUCGAUUAACCACAGAUGGGACUAAUUAUUUUGAUAAACUUGAUAAUGCGGAUCGCGAUGAUUUUUACAAGAAGUUAAGGCAAGAAAUAGCAUAUGCGAUUCCCAUUAGCCCUGAUCGCAUAACUACCAAUGGUAGAGUUGAAACCGACACCACAGUCUCCCCGAAGCAAAUCAUUUUAUCUAUUAAUAUUGAAAGAGAAAAAAAUAAGCAAGCAAUAACCGUUAAUUCGGCCAAAAAUGAUUUAGAUACUUUGAUUAAGAAUAAAUAUAUCACUUUGAUUUCAUCUGGCAAAUAUACAAAGUAUUUAGAUCAAGAAUUUGGAUACAAAACCUCUUCCAACUUUUUUAUGGAUUAUGGUCUAUAUUUUUUUGCAGUAUUUGCGGCCAUGUGUGUAUUUGUUAUAAUUUACAUGUGGGCUAAACGCAAAAAUAAUGAGGGGAGGAACAUUGUAAUUUUACAAUUUGGUAUUAUCAUGUUUGAUUUUCUUAUGGAUAUUCUUUUUGUUAGUACAAACGCUCGUGCCAUUGAUAGACUAUUCAUUCCAAGUAUUGUAAUUGUGAUAGUUCCAUUUAUUACAAGUUUAGGAUUGGCAUUUACAAUUAUAACACGAGAAAAUCUUACCGAAGAAUUUUCCAAAUGGUCAAAAAAUAACACAAAAGUUGUAGCAAUCUUCACAUUAUUAGCGGGAGCCGAUAUCGAAAUUUUAAAUGUACUUGAAUCAAAAUUUGCGGGUUACGAAAUUUUUAACGCAAAGUUUUCUAAUUCGGCAUCAAAUAUAAUAUUUUGGGGAGCUUGCCUUAAUAUUUUUAUUGAAGAUAUCCCUCAAGUAGUCGUUCAGAUUAUUUAUAACUUUGAUGUAGUUCAUUAUAAUAUUAUACCUUUAUUAACACUUUUGUCAUCAUGUCUAAACUUAACAGUUAAUAUUAUUGGAAGAGUAUAUAAUGCUUUACAUAAAUUCAGAGAUCAAAAGGAGGAAAUAACUUCCGGUCGUAGUACUUUAAUUGGUAUGGAUGAAAAAAGUUUCGGUGGAUUAAAAGACAAAAGUAUUUUUGAGACUGCAUCUUCAAACUCAUCAAAGCCAAACCUCGUAUUUUUAGAAGGAAGGGAAAAAAAUCCUUAUUAUUAA